AUGGCAGAGUGGAAUAUGGUUAUAAGACUUAAGUGUCUUACUUUUUUAAGCUUUUGGGUGUUUAUUACUUGUUGUGUGAUUGUGGAAGCAGCUAGAGAAAAUGCAUUGAUGGGUCACCACCAUCAUGAUCAUGGUCAUAAUAUUGCAGAUAACUGGGUGCACGAGACUACGUAUGCACGACCUUGCAAACAUAUUGGGAGUCCAGCAUUAGGAUACGGAGGUGCUACUACCGGGGCUGGUUGUGGCUCUGGUAGUAGUACUGGACAUGGUUAUUCAGGUGGCAGUGGUAGUGGUUUUGGCUCAGGCUCAGGACAAGGUAGUGGAAGCACUGAAGGCUCUGGAUCGGGAUUUGGCUAUGGCCACGGCAGCGGCAGCUCAGGUUAUGGAACUGGUAUGGGCAGUGGCGGAGGCUUCGGGUCAGGUUCAGGAUCUGGCUUUGGUAAUGGUGGUGGUAGCGGUUCGAGUUCUGGUUCUAUCGGAGGUGUAGGAAGUGGUGGUGGCUCAAGUUAUGGUUCUGGCGGAAGUGGUAGUGGCUCAAGUUAUGGUUUGGGUGGCGGUAGUGACCAUUCUGGUGAUGGACUUGGAGACGGUGAUGGAGAUGAUCCAAUUCCUCUCAGGAAAACUAUUCAUGGUUAA